AUGGCUACCGAGCAGAAGAAGUUCGACGCUGAGACCGCAGACAACCUCGAGGAGAUCGAGAAGCAGUUCGCCGUCAAGGCGAUCGAGCAUGCCCAGGUCUACUGGAACAUCCUCGAGAAGAUGCCCGGAUCCCAGCUCAAGCUCACCAGACUCGAUGACGAGAUCAUCGAGCACCUCAAGGAAGUCUUCCCUGACCUCGUUGCCUCCAACGGUGCCACGAUCGAUGAGAACGAGAUGAAGUCGCACGCUGGAAAGAACAAGUGGAGACCAUUCUUGAUGAAGUACGAGAAAUUGGUUGAUGACUACAACUUUGGUACUUUGCUGAGAACAGACGCUAAGGCUGAGUACGAGGAGCACACCACCAUUUUCGUUCCCCGAAUGCAGUUCUUCGCUAUCGAGAUCCUCCGUAACCGGGCUGGCCUGAACGACUGGAUCUGCCAGAAGAAAUAG